UUUAGUACCAGCGGCAGAGACAGUGGUUUUUUUUUUCUUUGAAGCUCGUGAUAGUGUGAUGAUACACAUUACGUAUAUUUGGUCUUUACUACAGUAGUACAUAAGAAAAGCUCUUUGGGUCUUUUUUUCCGAAACUCCACUCACACAAUUCCCACCACUCCUUUUCUUAUGGCAUUUCGCCGUGUAACCAGUGCCAUCUUCUUCGUUAAUUCCGAUUGAAGAAACCAAUCCCUACCCAUUAUUACCCAAUGGCGUUGUUCAUUACUGUUGUCGUGUUCCUGCUGCAUCUGAGUUGGAGUGUCCGAGUUAACUCUGAGCCGACUCAGGACAAGCAAGCCCUCCUUGCUUUCCUCUCCCAGACCCCACACUCGAACCGCCUCCAAUGGAACGCCUCGGAAUCCGCGUGCGACUGGGUUGGCGUGAAAUGCGACGCGUCACGCUCCUUCGUUUACUCGCUCCGUUUACCCGCCGUCGAUUUAGUGGGUCGGGUCCCACCCGCCUCGCUCGGCCGCUUAACCCAGCUUCGUAUCCUCAGCCUCCGCUCCAACGCCCUCACCGGCGAGAUCCCUUCCGAUUUCUCCAACCUCACCUUCCUCCGCAGCCUCUACCUCCAGAAGAACCAAUUCUCCGGCGAGUUCCCUCCGAGUCUCACUCGCCUCACUCGCUUGACUCGCUUGGAUCUCUCAAACAACAACUUCACCGGCCAAAUCCCUUUCUCUGUUAACAACUUGACCCACCUCACUGGCCUCUUCUUAGAACACAACAGUUUCUCUGGUAAAAUCCCAAGCAUCACCGUGAAGCUCGUUAGCUUCAACGUUUCCUAUAACAAUCUCAACGGUUCAAUCCCCGAGACACUCUCUACGUUCCCGGAAGCUUCCUUCGCCGGAAACAUAGAUCUCUGCGGACCGCCGUUGAAGGACUGCACCCCGUUCUUCCCGGCGCCGGCGCCGUCUCCGUCGGAGAAUUCAACCCCGGUGAAUACUCGUAAGAAGUCCAAGAAGCUCUCCACUGGCGCCAUUGUCGCAAUCGUUGUGGGCUCUGUUCUCGGCUUGGCGUUGCUGCUGCUGCUGCUGUUGCUGUGUCUGAGGCGGCGGCGGCGGGGACAGCCAGCGAAGCCGCCGAAGCCGGUGGUGGCUGCGCGGGCCGCCGCGCCGGCGGAGGCGGGGACGUCGUCGUCGAAGGAGGAUAUAACCGGGGGUUCGGCGGAGGCGGAGAGGAACAAGCUCGUGUUCUUCGAAGGGGGAAUUUACAGUUUCGAUUUGGAGGAUUUGUUGAGGGCUUCGGCGGAGGUGUUGGGGAAGGGUAGCGUGGGGACUUCGUAUAAGGCGGUGCUGGAGGAAGGAACCACCGUGGUGGUGAAGAGGCUGAAGGAUGUUGUGGUGACGAAGAAAGAGUUCGAGACGCAAAUGGAGGUUCUGGGGAAGAUUAAGCACGAGAAUGUGGUUCCUCUCAGAGCCUUUUACUUCUCCAAGGACGAGAAAUUGCUCGUUUACGAUUACAUGUCCGCUGGGAGCCUGUCUGCGCUGCUACACGGGAGCAGAGGGUCUGGGCGAACACCACUGGACUGGGACAGCCGUAUGAAAAUAGCCCUAGGAGCCGCAAGAGGGCUUACAUGCCUCCACGUGGCAGGCAAGGUGGUCCACGGCAACAUCAAAUCUUCCAACAUCCUCCUCCGAGGGCCGGACCACAAUGCCGGCGUUUCUGACUUCGGCCUCAACCCCUUGUUCGGAAACGGAGCCCCGUCGAACCGCGUGGCGGGCUACCGGGCACCCGAAGUGGUGGAAACCCGGAAGGUGAGCUUCAAGUCUGAUGUGUACAGCUUCGGAGUGUUGCUGCUGGAGCUUCUAACAGGAAAAGCACCAAACCAAGCCUCUCUCGGGGAAGAGGGCAUUGAUCUUCCGAGGUGGGUCCAGUCAGUUGUUCGCGAAGAAUGGACCGCGGAGGUUUUCGAUGCGGAGCUCAUGAGGUUCCACAACAUCGAGGAGGAGAUGGUUCAACUGUUGCAAAUCGCAAUGGCUUGUGUUUCCCUUGUGCCUGAUCAGAGACCCAACAUGCAGGACGUGGUGCGUAUGAUUGAGGACAUUAACCGGGGCGAGACCGAUGAUGGCUUCAGACAAUCCUCCGAUGACCCUUCCAAAGGAUCCGAGGGUCAUACACCACCCCCAGAGUCAAGGACUCCACCUAGCUCUCUCACACCAUAACAAAUUACUAAAAGCCUUUCUUCUUCUUCUUCUUCUUCUUCUUCAUCAUUCAAUGAAAUUCAAAAAAAAGGUGCUGGGUCGCUCUUAUACUGUGAAUUACGGCGCCCGCUUUCUUCCCGUCUAUUUUCCCCCCUCAUUGUAUUUCAUUUCAUUUUUUUUCUUCUUAUUAAAUUCCAAUGAUUUUUACA